UUUCCAACAUGGCCACGGAUGACAUGUAGCGUUUGUUUUGGAGAGCUCGCAAAGUAUUUGCUUAUUUUCUGGAAUUACUGCGACCUACUCGAAGAUUAUAAUUUUUAAAUAGUCGUACUUUUAAAGGGGUGCUUUGAUUUGUACAACAAUUUCGGAUAUGUAUCGGCGGGGAGCAGGGAAGAGUGACAAGCCUGUGAAGAAGGAUGUUAGCGACAGCGACAAAUACGCCGACCUCUUGGUUUUCGGCUAUGCCUGCAAACUGUUCCGAGAUGACGAAAAGGCUCUUUACCACGAUCAAGGAAAACAUCUUAUCCCAUGGAUGGGGGACAAGAACAUCAUGAUUGAUAGAUACGAUGGGCGUGGUCACUUACAUGACCUCUCUGAGUAUGACAGCGGGUCAUGGAACACGUCUUACCAGCUGUCCGAGGAAGAGGCCAGGAUCGAGGCGUUGUGCGAUGAGGAGCGGUACCUGGCCCUUCACGCGGACUUGCUAGAGGAGGAGGCUAGACAAGAGGAGGAGUACAAACGUCUGAGCGAAGCCUUGGCGGAUGAAGGAACCUACAAUUCAGUGGCCUUCAAAUAUAGCGCUGACUACUAUGACCCGUCCCAGCCCACAGAAGAGGAGGAUGCCAACAGGGCAGCUGAAGAAGCAGAGCCAGAGGAGAGUGAAGAGCCCUUUGUUGCACCCCCAGGACUGGACAUCCCUCCUGAUGUAGAACUGCCUGCAACCAUCAAGACCCAUGCCAUCAUCGAGAGGACGGCGAACUUUGUGUGCCAGCAGGGAGCACAGUUUGAGAUCGUGCUAAAAGCCAAGCAGGCCAAUAACUCCCAGUUUGACUUCCUCCGUUUUGACCAUUAUCUCAACCCCUAUUACAAGCACAUCCUGCGGGCCAUGAAGGAAGGUCGCUACAACCUUCCCUCUGCCAACAAGCCUGAACAAGAGGAUUCCGAGUCAGACGACUCUGAUGAUGAUGGUGAUGGUGGAUAUCUACAUCCCAGCCUGUUUGCCCCCAAGAGAGAGCCUUCUCGUCUGGAGGAGCUCAUGAAGCCUUUGCAAGUGAUGGACCCAGACCACCCACUUGCUGCCCUUGUACGAAAGGCAAGACAGGAAAGAAAUGGGACUGCAGCAGAAGAACCUAAACCUGAGGAAGUGGUAGAGACAGCGCCACCUGCCGCACCAACACAGUAUAGUGCAGACCCUGUGUACUAUGGCUACUACAUGCUUCCGGAUGGCACAUUCUGUUUAGCCCCACCUCCACCUGGUAUAGAUGCCACCGCGUACUACAGCAGCGUGCCAGCUGCUGCUGUGGCCCCUCCUACCACCUCUACACCAGCUCUGCCUCAUAUGAACACACCGACCCCUUCCCAGACCUUGGCACCCCCAGGAGUGAGCCCAGUCCAGAUCUCAGCCACUGUUCCUCCACCAGCAGCUCUAUCAGAACCUAGUUCAAAGCUUGAAGUUCCAUUGUCCAGUCCAGCAAUGCCUGCCAUCAUGCCCCCUCCCCCGGACACCCAGCCUGUCAUAGACAAACUGGCCGAAUAUGUCGCCAGAAACGGACUGAAGUUUGAAUCGAGCGUCCGAGCCAAAAAUGAUCCGCGGUUUGACUUUCUACUGCCUUGGCAUCAGUACAACACCUAUUACGAGUUCAAGAAGAAAUACUUCAUGCAGAAAGAAGGGAAGGACCCACCAGAGAGAAACGCUGAGGAUGCCAGUGAUAAGCUUCAAUCAGACGAGUCACUUCAGGAUUCCAAGCUGAACAAAGCCUCGUUUGCACCAAUCAGUUUUGCCAUCAAAGCCAAGGAAAAUGACUUGCUUCCACUGGAGAAGAACAGAGUCCGGCUAGACGAUGACUCCGAUGAAGAAAAGUUGGAGAUGGAAGAAGAGGCCUCAGAAGUUGUAAUGGCAGUACCUGAGCUGGUGCCGAGGGAAGUGGUUCCUCUUGCUGUACCAGAAGAAAAAAAGCCCACGUUGAGUUUAGAGGAACUGGAGGCUAAACAAGCCAAGCACAAACUGGAGGACCGCCUGGCCGCAGCAGCCAGGGAGAAGCUGGCUCAGGCGUCCAAGGAGUCCAAGGAGAAGCAGCUCCAGGCGGAGAGGAAGAGGAAGGCAGCACUCUUCCUCCAGACUCUGAGAGGGCCAGGGACCGGAGAGCCCGAGGCCAAAAGAGCCGAGCUAGACACAGCUGCACAAUAUGAGAUGCAGGAAGCUCUGUCCACUCUGUCAGACAUGUCAUCAGUGGCACCGGUCUACGUUCUUGAUCAGAGGAUCCCCACAGAGACCCACGUGGCCUAUCGCAGCAGGGAUGAGCCAUCUUCCUCCUCACACUCCAGAGGGUCAGACAGAGAGCGUGACAAAGGCAGGGACAAAGACAAGAAGAAAAAGAAGCACAAAAGACGAUCUCGGUCUAGGUCCAAGUCUAGAUCCAGAUCUCGGUCCAAGUCCAAACACUCUCUCCCCAGUGCCUACAGAAGAGGUCACAGGUCCAGAUCACGCUCGUACUCCCCGGGGAGGAGGAGCAGGAGGGGGGCGUCAUCAGAGAGAAGGUAUGAGGAGCGCGAGCGAGAGCGCUAUCAUCGCAGCAGUAGCUCAGGCGCACCCCGAGGCCACUCUAGGUCCAGGUCUCCAUCUGAAAAAAGCAGGACAUCUUUAUUAUCAGGACUUGCUCAGGCUGCUGGUUCAUCCCUGUCGCCAUACGCUUCACCCAGAGGAGCAUCACCAGCUGCUAGCCCCGCCUCCAGUCUGGCACUCUCCAGGGACGGCUCUCAGGAGAAAGACAAGGCUGUGUCCUCCACUAUAGUAUCGUCUGUGCAGUCCAAAAUAACUCAGGAUCUGAUGGCCAAAGUGCGAGCUAUGUUAGCCACCUCAAAGACCUUCCAGCCUCCAACCUCCUGAAGAAUCCUCUGAUAUCUUCACACAUCAGACACGUUGGAUUUGAGUUUGGCCUUCUCAGAAUCUUCAACUAUUCAAACUUUUAUUAUCAAUGUGGACCUUGGAUUACUUUUUCACUCACAGACAAUAGCCAAGAACAUUACAACCCCUGCAAUGCUUUCACCAUUCUUAGCAGCCUGAGAAAAGGCUGCCAAGACUCAUAUUGUGUCCUUCUAUGAAGGCGUGUGUUGUUUUGAUAAUCUCUGACUUGAGUUGAUUCUUCUACGCCAGCUAUUUUCCUUCCGUCUCUUUGCGGCUCUUCACCAAUUUCCUCAGAAAAAAACCCUCUUAGUUUUGUACUCUGCUCUCCUUCUUUGCGCGUGGCCUUCUCUUUCAGUUUCCAGUUUGUACUUGAAUGAAUUUAUUGAAGAAAUACUUUCUAAUCCAAACUGUCAAUAAACUGUCAACUCUAAUAGA